AUGAAAACCAAAUACAAUAAAUUGUCUCCAUUAGAUGAAUCCAAAUCAGCUAAAUGUGAACUCCUUAAUGAUGACUCUCUAAAAAUGAAUAUCUUAAAAUAAAAAAUCAUCCAUGAACGUUCUUCUGUCUUGCAAAGAGAUGGAGAGUUAAGAAAAAUUUCAGAAGAACUCCAUAACAGAAUCAUGAAUUAAAGACUCAAUUUCAAUAAACCUCUCAAGUAUGCAUAAUUUGUCAUUCACUAACGAAAAUACGACACCAAAAAGAACUCUAAUGCUGUGCUAAACAUAGUCAAAAAAGAAUAACAAUUGCAACUGGAACUAUCAAAACGAGAUGUGAGUUAAUUUGCAAGUUAUGAACAAGAAGCAGACAAAUCUCAAUUGAUAGAUAAAAUGCCAUAAAAUCAGAAAAAAUUAAAAAUGAAGUAUCGAGACAUUGUCAAAUCAAUUCUUAUCAAAUCUAUUGCACAAUCCUUUCACGAUGAUUCAAUCAAUGUCAUCAAUUACCAUUCAAAACCAAAAUCUAUAUCUGUGAAUGAAUAGCCUGUUCUCCCCACUAAUAAUAAUUGUGCUAUUAAACCUAUCGACCAAUACAUUCUAAACAAAUUAGAAAACAUUGCGUAAGAUCAACUUGACAAUAGUUACAUGCCACCUCUUAGUCAAAAUGAAAUGAAAACAUCCACCUAAAAGACUUCUUUGUUAAAACUCAUUCCCAUUACCACUGCAACUGCUGAGAGUUCAAAAUUAAAAAGAAUUAGAUGCUAAGAUGACUUUUCUAAUUCUAAGCUAAUCUAGGAAUUCAAAAAUGACAGCGGGGUUAAGAAUUAUGAAAUAACAAGAAAAGCUUAAGACAGAAUUACGCUCUAUUAAAAGAUUCUUAAAAUGUAAAAUGAGUCAAGAUCAUAGAGUCAAAGUUGCUACAUCAAAAAAAAGAUUGUAAAUCCUAUACAGAAUAAGUAUAAUUGA